AUGCGCUCUAUCCUCCUCCUCUUCGCCACGGCCGCCACGGCCAAGGUGAUGGAUAGUCUCCCCGCGGUUCCAAAGGGUUGGGCUGAGGUGCGCCAAGCUUCUCCCGACGAUUCCGUCACUUUGCGCGUCGGUCUACAGCAGCAACACGCGACCGCGUUAGAGCAAGCCGUACUGGAGAUCUCGACCCCCGGUCACCCGAACUAUGGCAUGCAUAUGUCGCGUGACCAAGUCCGGUCUUACACGGCGCCGACGGAGCAAUCGGUUUCGUCCGUGGUGAAUUGGCUCUCCGAGAGCGGCAUUAAGCCGUCGGUGAACAAUGAUUGGAUCACCUUCACCACCAACGUGAAGACGGCCAACGAUCUGCUGAAUGCGAACUUCGCCUGGUAUCAAUUUGAGGAGAGCAAAAGUCCAAAGCUGCGGACAUUGUCAUACAGCGUUCCCGACGAGCUUGCCGGAAACAUUGAUCUAAUCCAGCCGACUACUCGGUUCGGUCAACUCGGUGCUAAGAAGUCGACCAUCUUUGAUUUGCAAAUCCUUGGAGACGAGGAAGAUGCUGCUAUCGAGGCAAAUGUCGCCAUCAAGGCCGCUGACUGCAAUACCUCGAGAAUUACGCCGGCCUGCCUUAAGUCGUUAUACAAUAUCAAGUACACCGCGUCCACCGAGGGCAACUUGGUUGCUUUCGCCUCUUACCUAGAGGAGUACGCACGAUAUUCCGAUCUUCAAUCUUUCGAGUCGCAGUACUUGACCUCAGCCGCUGGUCAGAACUUUACCGUUCAGCUAGUUAAUGGAGGUUUGAACGACCAAAGCAGCAGCGACGACAGCGGAGAGGCUAACCUUGACGUGCAAUAUGUCCUGGCUAUCAGCAGCCCUGUGCCAAUCCUCGAAUAUAGCACCGGUGGUCGUGGACCUCUUGUGCCCACCACCGACCAACCUGGUCCGUCAUCGAACGAGCCUUACUUGGAGUUCUUGACAUAUCUCCUCGACCAAGAAGAUUCGGCCUUACCGCAGACGCUCUCUACUUCCUAUGGAGAGGAGGAGCAGUCGGUACCAGCGGAGUACGCCCUCAAGGUCUGCAACUUGUUCAUGCAGCUCGGUGCUCGCGGUGUCAGCGUUUUAUUCUCGUCCGGUGACUCCGGCCCCGGCGAUUCAUGCAUAAGAGAAUCUGACAAAGCGCCUUAUUUCCAACCCUCAUUCCCUGCCGGAUGCCCCUACGUCACCUCCGUCGGCGCCACGUACAACGUCGAGCCCGAACAGGCCGUCAGCUUCUCGAGCGGUGGUUUCAGCUCCCUUCACGCCCAGCCGGCAUGGCAAGCGGAUGCGGUGAACGCGUACCUCAGCUCGAUCGGCAGCACUUACUCGGCUUACUUCAACGCUUCCAACAGAGGAUUCCCCGACGUCGCGGCGCAAGGAAGCCGGUUCGCAGUCAUCGACAAGGGAAGGUCCGCCCUGCUAUCCGGAACCAGCGCAUCCAGCCCCGUGUUCGCUGGUGUAGUCGCUCUCCUAAACGCCGCCCGAAAGAGCCAAGGUCAGCCACCGUUAGGAUUCCUCAACCCGUGGCUGUACAACAACAGCGCCGCUCUAAUCGACAUAACGUCCGGCUAUGGAAGCGGCUGCUCCGGCAACUCUGCCUUCCGUAACGGCGCGAGAUGGAACGCUACCGCGGGUUGGGAUCCCGUUACCGGGUUGGGAACUCCCAACUUCGAGAAGUUGCUCGCCGCCGCUGCGCCGGGUGUGGAGAAUGCGUAA